AUGAAUAGUUCAAACGCGUCUAUGUAUUUGUCUAAGCACGGUGCAUAUACAGUUGUGAUAGGAAUUAUAAUGUCUGUUUUGUUUGUUUUUGCUCUUUUUGAAAAUAUUUCGGUGCUGGUGCUUUAUAGCUCAGAUAAGAAAUUACAAAGUAAAACGAAUCUUUGGAUAGUUUCUGUGGUAGUGUGCGAUCUACUUAUCGUUGUCGGCGCAUUUCCGUUUUUGAUAAUAGCAAGCUUUGCGCAAGAAUAUAUUUUUGGUUUGUACGGAUGCAAGUUGGACGGAUUUCUUGUUACGCUCUUAGGAAGUAGUUCAAUAUUCCUUCUAACUGGACUGUCCAUUCAUCGCUAUUUCAUCAUGAUAUUUGGAACAAAAACAAGAAUGUACAAAAGAAGAAACAUUAAACUUUGUAUCAUGGCGUGUUUUAUUUUAGGUUUAUUCUGGGGAAUAACCCCUCUGAUAGGAUGGGGAUCGUUUGCCCAUGAAGGAAUAAACAUAUCUUGUGCACCCAAUUGGAGAUCACAAAGGAUGAAAGACUUGACGUACACGAUCGCCUUGUACGUUUGCGUUUUGUUCACCCCACUUGUGGUUAUGGCAUAUUGUUACUUUGGGAUUUUAUUUAAGGUAUACUACAACAAGACUGUAAGUAGACUUCCUACAGCGUCAUAA